AAGUUUUUGCGUCUGUCGCUCCUUCGAUACAAGACCUGCCUACAGCUUCCAGCGGGCUGCUCCUGCUAGGAGGGGAAUACGGAGAGCAGAUAGAGACACAGGCAGAGUUGGAGGGGUGGGAGACAAAAAGAGAGAGAGAGAGAUAGAGAGAGAGAGGGAAGCCGGGGGUUGGACCGUUAAUUUCAUCCACACACACCGAGGAGAGUAGCCCGUAUAGCCGCAGCGAAAACAUCACCUCGCCCCGCUGGGACGCAAGCAGAGAGCGACCGCAUCCAGCCAGCGUUCAGAAGACCCGCGGAUAGUAUGGAACACUAUGACGGAGAGAACGACUACAUGCACCAGGAAGAUGACUGGGACCGGGAUCUGCUCCUGGACCCAGCCUGGGAGAAACAGCAGAGAAAGACUUUUACAGCUUGGUGCAACUCACACCUCAGAAAAGCCGGCACGCAGAUCGAGAACAUCGAGGAGGACUUUCGGGACGGGCUGAAGCUCAUGCUGCUGCUGGAGGUCAUUUCAGGUGAACGCUUGGCCAAACCAGAGAGAGGCAAGAUGAGAGUCCACAAGAUCUCCAACGUCAACAAAGCGCUCAACUUCAUCGCCAGCAAAGGAGUGAAGCUGGUCUCUAUCGGAGCAGAAGAGAUUGUAGACGGUAACGCUAAGAUGACCCUGGGAAUGAUCUGGACCAUUAUCCUCCGCUUCGCCAUCCAGGACAUUUCUGUGGAAGAGACGUCGGCCAAAGAGGGCCUCCUGCUGUGGUGCCAGAGGAAAACUGCGCCCUAUAAGAACGUCAACAUCCAGAACUUUCACAUCAGCUGGAAGGACGGCUUGGGCUUCUGUGCACUCAUUCAUCGACACCGUCCAGAACUCAUAGACUACGGGAAACUGCGCAAGGAUGACCCCAUGACCAACCUGAACACAGCCUUUGACGUGGCAGAGAAGUACCUGGACAUCCCCAAAAUGUUGGAUGCAGAAGACAUCAUUAGCACCUUGAGGCCAGAUGAGAAGGCCGUCAUGACUUAUGUGUCGUGUUACUACCACGCAUUCUCAGGCAAGCAGAAGGCGGAGACAGCGGCCAACCGGAUCUGCAAGGUGCUGGCAGUGAACCAGGAGAACGAGCAGCUGAUGGAGGACUACGAGAAGCUGGCCAGUGAUCUGUUGGAGUGGAUCCGUUGCACCAUCCCCUGGCUGGAGAACAGACUGCCUGAGAACACCAUGCAGGCCAUGCAGCAGAAGCUGGAGGACUUCAGGGAUUACCGUCGUCUCCACAAGCCGCCCAAAGUGCAGGAGAAGUGCCAGCUGGAGAUCAACUUCAACACCCUUCAGACCAAACUGAGGCUCAGCAACAGGCCCGCCUUCAUGCCCUCCGAGGGAAAGAUGGUCUCGGACAUUAAUAACGCUUGGGGAAGCCUAGAGGGAGCGGAAAAGGGCUAUGAAGAGUGGCUCCUCAACGAGAUUCGCCGGCUGGAGCGACUCGACCACCUGGCGGAGAAAUUCCGGCAGAAAGCAGCGAUCCACGAAGCCUGGACCGAAGGUAAGGAGGACUUGCUGCAGAAGCUAGACUACGAGACCGCCUCUCUGUCAGAGAUCAAGGCUCUGCUGAAGAAACACGAGGCCUUCGAGAGCGACCUGGCCGCACACCAGGAUCGCGUGGAGCAGAUCGCGGCGAUAGCGCAGGAGUUAAAUGAGCUGGACUACUACGACUCCCCCAGUGUAAACGCUCGCUGCCAGCGGAUCUGCGAUCAGUGGGACGCACUGGGAGCCAUGACCGUGAAACGCACUGAGGCGCUGCAGAGAACUGAGAAGUUGCUAGAAACUAUCGACCAGCUGUACCUUGAGUUUGCCAAAAGAGCAGCGCCGUUCAAUAACUGGAUGGAGGGCGCCAUGGAGGACCUGCAGGACACUUUCAUCGUUCACACAAUUGAAGAAAUCCAGGGACUGAGCACAGCCCAUGAGCAGUUCAAAGCCACGCUGCCAGAGGCUGACAAAGAGCGCCAGGCCAUCCUGGGCAUCCACAAUGAGAUUGCCAAAAUCGUGCAAACCUACCAUGUGAACAUGGCCGGCACAAAUCCCUACACAACUAUCAACCCACAGGAGAUCAACGCUAAAUGGGAUAAGGUCAGGCAGCUGGUGCCUCAGCGAGACCAGGCUCUUAUCGAAGAGCACGCCCGGCAGCAGAACAACGAGCGUCUGCGCAGGCAGUUCGCCACACAGGCCAACAUCAUCGGGCCCUGGAUACAGACCAAGAUGGAGGAAAUCGGCCGGAUCUCGAUCGAAAUGCACGGCACCCUAGAGGACCAGCUGACGCACCUCCGCCAGUACGAGAAAAGCAUUGUCAACUACAAGCCAAAGAUCGACCAGCUGGAGGGAGACCACCAACUCAUUCAGGAGGCUCUCAUCUUUGACAACAAACACACCAACUACACAAUGGAGCACAUCCGUGUGGGCUGGGAGCAGCUACUCACCACCAUCGCCCGCACCAUCAACGAAAUUGAGAACCAGAUCCUGACACGAGACGCCAAGGGCAUCAGCCAGGAGCAGCUGAACGAGUUCCGCGCCUCCUUCAACCACUUCGACAGGGACCACUCGGGCACUCUAGGCGCGGAAGAGUUCAAGGCCUGCCUGAUCAGCCUGGGCUUCGAUAUCGCCAACGACGCGCAGAAGAGAACAGGAAUCAUGGAUGCAGAAGACUUCAAAACCUGCCUUAUCUCCAUGGGUUACAACCUGGGGGAAAACGAGUUCUCCCGCAUCAUGAGCGUAGUGGACCCCAACAGAAUGGGCAUCGUCACUUUCCAGGCCUUCAUAGACUUCAUGUCCAGAGAGACGGCCGACACGGACACAGCCGACCAGGUCAUGGCGUCCUUCAAGGUUCUUGCUGGGGACAAGAACUACAUCUUGGCUGACGAGCUGCGCCGUGAGCUGCCCCCAGACCAGGCCGAGUACUGCAUCGUGCGCAUGGCCCCCUACACAGGCCCCGACGGCGUCCCCGGAGCCCUGGAUUACAUGUCCUUCUCCACGGCUCUAUACGGGGAGAGCGACCUCUGAACACUGGCGUCGGGCAUCCUGACCCGUGACCAUCCUCCCCCUGCUCCGUUCACCGCCACGUGCUCCGGCCUGCCUCCACUCUCCUGUCCAGCUGUGCUCAUUUUGUUUUUGUUUUUUUUUUUGCUUGUUUUUUUUCUUUUUUGUAUGUUUCAGGCCUUAUUUUUUUGUCAGUAUCUUCCAUGUCCUCUCACCUGUCCAGCUUCGUCACCGCUCCCUCCUCCCCUCUCUCGCUCCGUCUUUGUUGUGUCAACGCAAAGCAGCGACUCUCCAGGUUUACAAAGAGGGAGAGAUAAAAUGUGUUGUUUUUUUGUCAUUGAUUUUCUUCUGAAAAAUGAAUAAAGUUAACAUAUUUUAUUAUACUGAACAAAAAAAGGUAUUUUUCUUCACCUGGUUGAAAUAAGAGACGAAAAAUUGUAAUAAAGAAAAAAAAAACGUC